AUGCGAGUUGCACCAGCGCCCAGAAAAAAAUCGCGAUCGUCGCGGUUAUCGAUAAUAAAUCAAGCAGACUAAACUACAGUCAUGCUUUGGAUACUGUACAAUGUUAUGCGAAGAUUCAAGGCUACACGUUUCUACUAUUCAAUGAUUCAAGUUACGAUUGUCGACAUAAAGAUGUGGGUUUGGUUUGGGAACUUUUUGAAAAUUUGACACUUGGCUUACAGAUACAUUUUUGUGUAGCUUAGAAUCAAUGUUUUUCUUAAGUUCAAAAACUUCCAGCAUUUCUUCCGUCGUCACUGUGUCGUCUCCAAAACCGCCAUCAAUUACGACUUUACCGUUUUCAUCGACGCCGACAUCGGCGUAGUCAAUCCGAAUCGUCGAAUCGAAGAGUUUCUCGACGACUCGAAAGAUCUCAUUUUCUACGAUCGAUUUUGGAAUUGGGAAGUUGCAAUGGGUUCGUAUAUUGUGAGAAAUACAAGUUUUGCGAGGGAAGCGUUGAUGGAUUUUGCGAAUUAUGAUUUAAAUCUUCCGAAAAGUUUCUAUGGAAAUGAUAAUGGAAUUAUUAAUGUAAUGGUUUGAACGCAUCGCUUUUAAUGGUUUGAACGCAUCGUUAAUGGUUUGAACGCAUCGCUUUUAUCAUGAACCCUUACGGCCAGAUUCUCGCACACUCUUUCUUAUCUCUUUGUCAAAACCUCCAACUGACCAGGUCUCUUGCGGGAUUUAGGUCUUUUAAAAAUUUGGGAAGUUAUUUUAUUCACCCUAUUUAUUUUUCGAUUUCAUGUGAAUUACCCCUUUUUUCUCUCUCCCUUUGAUCUCACUAUUUUUAUGUGCCGGUGAAUUUAUAACAUUCUAAAUAAAAAUUCAAAUUCAAAUGUUAGUUUUCAGCCAAUUUUUUUUUAAUUAAUUUUUAUUCUAAUAUUUUCAGCGGUUCCUGGUUAAACUACUCUUCCCAAAUGCUCAAAUAGCUAUGAACGAUUGCGAAAAAAUGUUCAACAAAUCCGAAAACUUCAACGAUGUUUCCAUAUUCGAAGCAUGUUUCAGAACUAUUCUCGGAGCAUCUCAAGAUUUCGGAAAAGUUCGGAUAAUUCGAAAAGGCCAUGGUUGGGUCAGAGAUCAUUGGCUGGAUAAUUCGAAAUGGAAUCCAGAUCUUGAUUUUAUGCUGCAUGAUUGGAAAGAGGGAAAUCUCAACGAGACUCCGGAGAAUGUAAAACUUGCUGCGGGUAGUAACGGAGGCUGGUAUAAUCCACUAGCUGGCCCGAUAGAUCUAGAUAAAUGUGGACCUUUGAAUUCAACCUGGGAAUAUGAUCCAAGAUUGAUUGCGGAUAAAUCGGAAAUGCAGGAAAACCACAGGAAUUAUGAAAUUUAUGUGAACUCGAACUACAUCCAAACUUUGGCGAAGAUGGAGGAGCUCAAAAAUCGUCCUGUUUCAGUUAAUUAA